AAUUGAAAUCGUCGAGGACUAUAUAGACAAGAUGUAAAGUUGCAGGUGUGGCGAUAUGCAUUAUCAACGACCUACAUGCAUGAAACGAUUUGAUUCGCGGACACAUGAAUCAAGAUUUGGAAUCCAUGGAUAUUUUGCCACAUUCUUGAGGGAAUUUCUAUUCCAACAUGGAAGUACAGGAGAACUUAAAAAUGCUCUGAAAAAAAAUAUUUCGUCCCUCAAUGUUUAAUCAUCUAAAUCUACUAUGACCAUGAUCUUUGUUCGAUGGAUCGACGUUAAAGCGUUAACUUUUCUUGGGGUCACCGUAUCUUUGAUGAUAUAUAUUGUGAUAUUGAACUAUGGAUCUUCCGUUUUAUUCAAUUAUCAUAUCGACGCCAUGCCUUACAAGAGGGCACCGAUAUUCGUUAAGUCGAUUCUGAACAGCACAGUCGUUCAAGCGCUACGCAGAAAGAAAGUCGGGACGAAAAUGCAUCAAAAAAGGCCAAUAAAGAUAUUCCAUGGCAACAACAAGACAGCUAUAAGUGAAAUACCAGAGCGAGUGGAGUCUUGCGCUCUUGUUGGGAAUUCAGGAAUACUUUUGAACAGCGGUUGUGGCCAUCUGAUAGACAAAUCCGACCUGGUUAUCCGGAUGAAUUUGGCCGAGUUUGGUCACGAGUACUCCCCCGACGUGGGUUCGAAGGUAUCCUUUAUGACCAUCAACGGGGAACAGUGCAGACUCUUACAAUCUUGCUUCGCAAAUAAAAAGAAAGAAAAUGAAUCAGCCUCUGAGUGGUUGACAAGAAUACCAGCAGAGUGCGGCACUACGAUCAGCAGGCUUAAACUACUAAAGAAUGAUAGUGUCCUUUGGGCAUCUCGGGGCCAUGCUAGCAAGAUAGUUCGUCUUCUCCCUCAUCUGAGAGAACGGUUUCAUCUUUUCUUCAGCCAUGGCAUCAAUUAUCGACCUUUAAUUACACCCGCAAUCCGGUUGUGGCAUUUUAGAGCGCCAUCGUCUGGCUUAACCCUUCUCGCACCCAUGAUUCAACUGUGCGAUGAGGUAUCGUUGUUCGGAUUCUACCCAUUCCACACGGACCAGUAUAAUCAGACAAUUCUACAUCAUUAUUAUGAGCCGGAGGUAUACUUGAACUAUACAACAAAUGCCCACAAAAUGCCGGAAGAAUAUCAGUUUCUCUUAGACCUGGAAAAUAUGGGCGCGAUCAGAAUUAUCAACAAUUGCACCCCAAGCAAUUAGGAUUUGUCCCAUUGGCGAACUGAUGGGGGAACGGGGGGGGGGGUAUGGUAUAUGAUAAAGAAUAUUUUGAUUUGGUGGAAGAAACGGGAUUUAGCAUUAAUGGGUAUAAUAUCAUUAAAACCUUUGUAUUAUCUACAUUGAUAUUUCUUCACUCUAAAAACAAAUCAGUCAAAAAUGAAUAGGUAAUAUAGGGUCAGCUGGGUGCAACUGUUAUUCUUGUCGUAUUUGACUAUUUUCUGAUCGUAUUUUACUAGAACAGGGUUAUUUCUGACUAGGAUAUAGUCAGAAAUGUGACUAGACAUAUCAGUUGCACCCAGCUGACUAUACUGGUCAGUUUUACUGACUUGUUUUAAGAGUGUUCUCUCACCCUUGUCCAGGGAAUGGAUAGGAAAUUGAUCUUUGAACUUUUAUGGAGUGGUAGAGAUAAAUUCAAGACGAAUAUUUAUUGUUUAUUUAAAUUAUGAUAAGGCUGGUCUUAAAAUGACAGAUGUCCGGUUAUUCACUAAGGCACAAAGAAGUAUGUGGAUCAACAUACUUAUAUUGGGAGAACCAAAUAUGAAAUGGACACAAUAUUUCAGAUAGUUAGCAUGGGAUGUAGUUCUUUGCUAAUUUUCUUUGAUAACCUCUCAAUGAAUUUAAUAGAAUUUGAAGUGCCGGACUUUUUUACAGAAAUAAUGUAUUUUUUAAAGAAGAGAGGAAUACAAGAAAUGAGAUUAUUCUUAAUGAUAGGUUUAUCCCUCUGGAUGGACAAACAUAACAAUAUUGAUGAAAUGGUUUUUUUCAAGAAUAUUUAUACAAACUUCAUCAUUGUAGAUAAAGAUGAUAAAAUCUAUUUCGACCUUUUCAAAUGGGUUUAGAACGUUUGGAAAUAAAAAAAAAAGAUACUCGAAAUUUUCAACAAUAUUCGAUGCUUUUGGAAGGAUUCCCUGAAAAAGAAUGGUCAAGGACUCAAGGUGUCAAAGAUAUUGAUUUAAAUUUGGAUUUUUAAUUUAAGGAUAGAUCCUUUUUUUUUCUUGCAAGACAUCACAUCAUAGAGAAUAUGAUGCUGUCUUAAACAUGAAAAUGGAAAUACCCCCAGGCAUUUAGAAAGGCUGAUGAAGGUAUACAAGAAAAGACAUUCCUAUCAUUUUUUUUUCUAAAAACCACGUAAAUCCACUCUUAACAGCAGAUUCGGAAAAUUCAGAUUAAAAUAUUACAUGAUAUAAUAUACACAAAAAUAUUUAUAUAUGUUUAAAAUGACUACUCAUGGUUUAUGUUCGCUUUGCAGUAAAUAAGAAUAAACCUAUAUAAGGUUAAUGAAUGUUUUUCGUGUGAUAGAAUAAAGACUUUAUGGAAAAGAGUGUAGGAAUAUGCUCCAACUCCUUAAUACUACCAAGGAGAGGUGAUAUCUCCUUGAUAUUAUCAAUAUAGAUUUAAAGACGUCCACGUUGGCGUGGAAGGAUCAACUAAAGAUGCUAAAUUAUUGAAUCACAUUAUAAUCCUAUUAAAGUAUAUGAUUAGUUC